GCUGAAUUGGCUGCCGGAGGCAGACAGAUAGGAGUCUGCAUCGCACACAACGCAGAUAGGGAGCAGAGCAAAAAGCUGGCUGCUAAAUACCCUCUGCGGUCUCCCAGCAACGGCCCUGACGCAGAAAGCCCUGUCUUUUCCCAGGGUGUCACCGAGAAGGAGCUCGCGUUGCGAAUUGCAGGUAGCGAGCUGGGCUGAUGGAAUUAGCCAACUGCAGCAUGGACACUGGGCUCCGCUCCGGACCUCAGUAAAGCCAGAUAACAGCUACGGUGUAAAUAAAACACAAUGGCCACUUGGUCUGUGCCAAAACUUGAAGUCAAUCUUUUUGAAGAUGGAGCGGGCAGCCCAGAGAGUCAGAGUGCUGAUCAUCUAGGGAGUCUAAAGGCACUCACCCAGAAACUGAGACUUGAAACCAGAAGGCCCUCCUACCUGGAGUGGAAAGCCACACUGGAAGGGAAAGACUGGAAAAGUACAAAGCCGUCAGAUGACCAAGAGUCUGUGGUUGUAAAGAAACCCAGUGAGGAUCCCAGCAACCUCAAAAGAACACAAAAGCACCCAAGUGAGAGUCCUGCCAAGGAUAGCAACUUGACCUCAGUGAAAUUUAAUGGCUUUGAAAAUAUUGACCAGGCAUUGACCUGGCUCAGAAAAGAAUUGACAGAAAUGCGUCUGCAAGACCAGCAGCUGGCAAGACAACUGAUGAGGCUUCGCAACGACAUCAACAAGCUGAAGAUCGAGCAGACCUGCCACUUGCACCAGCGGAUGCUUAAUGAUGCCACCUACGAGCUCGAGGAGCGCGAUGAACUGUCCGACUUGCUCUGCGACUUCCCAGUGACCAAUGCCUUCUCUCUGUCAGCACCUCUCAAACUCAUCGGCGUGACUAAAAUGAACAUCAAUACUAGACGGUUUUCUCUGUGUUAAAAGCACCAGGUUUUUGUAACAGUUUCUCUUUAGAAAUGACCAGCGUUUUAGAACCGGGGCAGAGCAAGGCUGAAUGGUUUCUUCAAUCCCUUUACUCUUAUUCCCGCUUUCCUCACCUUUCCUCUUCUGAAGUCAGCAAUUCUUGGUGUGGUAUUUCUCUGCAGGUAACAGGGAUGACCUUGGCAGGGUGGGUAUCAGCAGGCAACAUGGUUCAAUCCUCUCUUUAUGAUCGAAGUGCAGAUCAGAAACAGGAGGCUUGGAAAGAUUAUUCACUCUCUUUAGCCAUGGAAUGAUGCAGUAAUCAUGUCAUUCAGCUAAGAUCCCUUGAUGAAACAAUAUUCUUGGUCUUCACAACUGAAGAAACUUCAGUGUGUAUGUAAUGUCAGAAAAAAGGAGUCUACUAUCACUUUGCAAUAAGAACAUAGAAAAUAGAACAGUAGAGCACAGGGACAACCCCUUUGGCCCACAGUGCCUGUGCUAAUCACAUCUGCCUGCACAUGUUCCAUAUCCCUUCAUAUCCUGCAUAUCCAUGUGCCUAUCUAAAAGCCUCUUAAAUGCCACCAUCAUACCCACCACCAUCCAGCAGUGCAUUUCAGGCUCUGUCUAAACAAAAAAAAUAUUUUGCUCUGCACAUCUCCUUUAACCUUGGCCCUCUCACCGUAAAGACCAGCCUCUAGUCUUUGACAUUUCUACCCUGUGAAAAAAGGUUCAGACAGGCUACCCUAUCUAUGCCUCUCAAUGUUAUAUACUUCAAUCAUGUCUCCAGAAUUGUGUAUUUGUGGAAUCCAUCCAGCAACAAGGAAGCCACCAGGUAAGCCAAUAAUGGUUCACAAAUCCAGUAAAGCAAGCAAACGAAAUGCCUGGAUGGAAAGGUGGGAAAAAUGAGAAACGUUUCACAGAGAUACGCUCAUAUAAGCCAGGGAGAAACUAAUUUUAAGAAUGGGAUUCUUCAACGGCCAAAAUGAGAAAAUAAUUUUGUAAAACAAUUAGAAUGUUUUCAUAUUAAUCCUGAAAGAACAGGUUAUCCUUUUUCUGACAUUAUUAUUGCUGACUGUUCUGGCCCUCUGCAUUUCCUCUACCAAGGAUAUAGCAGUUGUUAUUGGAAAAUUUAGUGAAGCAUGUUCAGUCCCAUUUUAGAUCCUCCCUGCCACCCCUGAAGUUAUUCUUGCUUCUAAUAGCAGUCAUUUAGGCCAGACUUAGUUCCAAUGUUGCCAGCUGCCAUUCAAUACCUUACAGAAGGCUAUAUAGUGUCCAUGAGCCUUAGCAGACAAUUAGGCAAUUUACGCCCCAUUCUCUCACCUAAUGACAAUCAGAACCUUUAACCGAGGGAUUAUGUUUAUUGGAGAAUAAUGAGACAUAUUAACAGAACUGUCCUGGUUUUCAUCAUUUGGUACCACACCACUGAACCACAGUAGAAGCCAAACUGAACAGAUGCUGAUUAAUGCUCAUCUUCUGCUUUAAAUUUAGUUUUGUGCCUUUGCAUUCUUUAAUGUCAUGAUGAAUGUGGACAGAAGCACAGGUAGUGUUUAUCCAAGUUGGAAUAAGCUGACCAUAGCCUUAUCUGUCACUGCCAAAGAGGAUAAAGUACAAGUGAAUAAAGCCAGCUGGAUUUCUCCCA